CUUCAUGAGCCUGUUUUCUGGAGGGGAGGUUUGCCAGUCUUUCAAGCAACUUACCAUUCCACUUGACGGUAUCGGAUAUUCCUUCUCUCUCUGAAUGGGUGGCCAGUGAAAAACGGCUCUGAAUGGAAGCGCAGCUUUUCCGUGGUGUGAAGAGGAGAUGAGAGAGGUCACUGUGCAUCACCUUUUAGCCUCGGGAUAAAACGUGAGGGAAACGAGAGGUUUUGGUGUGAGGAUGGCUGGCAGAGAGGAUGACCUGAUCGGGAUCCCCUUCCCCAACCACAGCAGCGAUGUUCUGUGCAGUCUGAAUGAGCAGCGGCGGGACGGCCUGCUGUGCGACGUGGUCCUCAUCGUCCGUGACCAGGAGUACCGCACGCACCGCUCCGUCCUGGCCGCCUGCAGCCAGUACUUCAAGAAGCUCUUCACCGUGGGGAUGGACUGUGAGCAGCACAACGUCUACGAGAUCGACUUCGUGGCGCCGGAGUCCCUGACCGCCAUCUUGGAGUUCGCCUACACCUCCACGCUCACCGUCACCGCCUCCAACGUGAAGGAGAUCCUCAGUGCUGCCCAGAUGCUGGAGAUCCCCUGCAUCAUUGACGUGUGCCUGGAGAUCAUGGACACCGGGGGAGGAGGAGGGGGAGGAGACGAGGAAGAGGAGGAGGAGGAGGAGGAUGAGGAAGAUGACGACGAUGCCGAGGAGGAAGGAGAGGAGUCGAGAGAGGAGGACCCAGAGGAGCCCGAGGAGGACGCCAGCGAGAAGUCCGCGUGGACCUCUGAGAAUCAAGACCGUGUGGCUGGGGAAAGAGUGGAGUGCCAUCCGAGCACCUCUCAGCAGGAGGAUCAGUCAGACGCUCACAGAAGCUAUGACACCCCAGACGCUGUCACAGAGAAACCCAGAGACUCAGAAGGACUGGAAAACAGAACCCUGAAGGACUUUUCAAUUGAGUCCCUGUUGCAGGAAGGGCUGUACCCGAAGAUGUCAGCCACAGACAGAGCGCCAAGUUUUUCCCCGCUGCUCCCAGGGUUCUUCCCUCCCAUGUGGGCCACGGAGUUUCCGGGAUUCCCACAGAUCUUGGACCCCAACCCAAGCCCUCACCCAUACCACCCAGAGCUUGACAGCAGGCCGCUGAACCUGGCGGUAAAGAAGGAAGUGAUCAAGGAAGAGCUGAAGGAGGAGCUCCACCCAGGCCUCUUCCACAGCGACUUCCUGAAGGACUUCAUGGGUGCGGGCCUUGGUAUGGGGGCCGAGGCUCACCUCGGGGCUCUCAAGGAUGAGGCGGACUUCCGCUCGUACCUGAGCUUCCUCAGCGCCUCCCACCUCGGGUCGCUCUUUCCGCCCUGGCAGCUGGAGGAGGAGCGGAAGAUGAAGCCCAAGGCUUCACAGCAGUGCCCCAUCUGCAACAAGGUGAUCCAGGGGGCGGGCAAACUGCCGCGGCACAUGAGGACCCACACUGGAGAAAAGCCAUACAUGUGCAACAUCUGCGAGGUCCGCUUCACAAGGCAGGACAAGCUGAAGAUCCACAUGCGCAAGCAUACAGGAGAGCGUCCCUACAUCUGCCUCCACUGCAACUCCAAGUUUGUGCACAACUACGACCUGAAGAACCACCUGCGCAUCCACACCGGGGUGCGGCCCUACCAGUGCGAGCACUGCUACAAGAGCUUCACCCGCUCCGACCACCUGCACCGCCACAUCAAGAGGCAGAGCUGCCGUGCCUCCCGCCCGCGCCGCGGCCGCAAGCCCGCUGCCUGGCGCUCCGCCAACUUCCUCUAUCCCCCCGCUGCCCAUCACGAAGACAAGGGUCUCCCCGUGGGCCCGAGGCUGCCCCCGGUGGCCAGCCACGGGGGGGUCACCGGCCCCGGCUUCAUUGACAGACGUCACUUGGGCGGACGGAACUUGAGCUUUGAGGACUUGGACAGCAACAGCAGGGAGAGUCUGGAGACCAGGCUGUCCGAGCGGAACCAUGUGGAAGAGGUGGAGAGGAAGAGGGGGGUGUUCGCCUUCGCCCUAGCCCACGAGGACGUGCUCUCCCACCGCCCAUUCUACUCCCCAGCCUCUGACCCCUGGGCUCUGAGGCUAGACCACAUCCCACCCAUUCCAGAGGCGACCAACUAAACUGUUA